GUGACCGUCAAUGUCCAUGAAGCAACAAAGUACCCAGUGGAAUCAGACUCUUGCUUUCGAGUAGAUAUAGUGGAAAAAGCUGUCUCUGAGAAAUUUAAAGCAGAAAAUCCAGGUGAUCCAUUGGAGGCUUGCCUUGUGCAUUCCGUUACUACUGAGCAUGAAGAUCCUAAAAUUUCUGAGAUGGUGUAUUUUUUGGAAGCGAUGAAACCGCGCCCUCCUGGAAGGUGGCGUGAAUUUGAGGAGCUUGGUGUCGCAACCUCCAAGCCACAACCUAGUGUCAUUGCUGCACCAACCCUCACAUUGAAGCCCCUACCUCCCCACUUAAGAUAUGCAUACUUGGGUAAUUCUGAAACUCUUCCUGUGAUUAUUGCUGCAAAUCUAAGUAAACUAGAAGAAGAGAAAUUGCUACGAGUAUUGAGGGAGCAUAAAAUGGCAAUAGGGUGGACUAUUGCAGAUAUUAAGGGAAUUAGCCCUUCCAUGUGUAUGCACCGGAUUUUAAUGGAAGAUAAUUUUAAACCGUCAGUUGAGCAUCAGCGCCGAUUAAAUCCGAAUAUGAAAGAAGUUGUGCGAGCUGAGGUAUUAAAGUUAUUGGAUGCUGGAAUAAUUUACCCGAUUUCAGAUAGCAGUUGGGUGAGCCCAGUUCAAGUUGUACCGAAAAAAGGGGGUAUUACAGUGGUGAAAAAUGAUAAGAAUGAGUUAAUCCCGACAAGAACAACUACAGGAUGGCGCGUCUGCAUAGAUUACAGGAAAUUAAACACUGCAACAAGGAAAGAUCACUUUCCCUUGCCUUUUAUUGAUCAGAUGUUGGAAAGACUUGCUGGGCAUUCAUAUUAUUGUUUCUUAGAUGGAUAUUCUGGGUAUAAUCAGAUUCCGAUUGCACCUGAAGAUCAGGAAAAGACGACAUUCACAUGCCCAUUCGGUACGUUUGCAUAUAGGCGCAUGCCCUUCGGAUUAUGUAACGCCCCCGCCACCUUUCAACGUUGCAUGAUGAGCAUCUUUUCAGACAUGGUGGAGCGCUUCAUUGAGGUAUUCAUGGACGACUUUUCUGUUUUUGGCUCAUCCUUUGAUUCUUGUUUACAUAAUUUGGCAUUAGUUCUGAAAAGAUGUGAAGAAACCAAUUUGGUUUUGAAUUGGGAGAAGUGCCAUUUUAUGGUGCAAGAAGGAAUUGUCCUAGGGCACAAAAUUUCAGCCAAAGGAAUAGAGGUUGAUAAGGCAAAAAUUGAUACCAUAGAGAAAUUGCCACCGCCCACUACAGUAAAGGGGAUUCGAAGCUUUCUGGGUCAUGCUGGAUUUUAUCGACGAUUUAUCCAAGAUUUUUCCAAAAUCACGAAGCCCUUAUGCAAUCUCCUUCUUAAAGAUGUGGAAUUUAAUUUUGAUUCAAGCUGUUUGGAAGCAUUUAAUGUCUUGAAAGAGAAGCUUACUUCUGCACCUAUCAUUGUCGCACCGGAUUGGGACUUGCCUUUUGAGAUUAUGUGUGAUGCUAGUGACUAUGCGGUAGGGGCAGUUUUGGGUCAAAGAAGAAAUAAAUUACUUCAUGUAAUUUAUUAUGCCAGUCGUACUUUGAAUGACGCCCAGCGGAAUUAUACCACCACGGAGAAAGAAUUGUUAGCAGUAAUCUUUUCCUUGGAUAAAUUUCGAUCCUACUUGAUUGGAGCAAAGGUGAUAGUGUAUACCGAUCACUCAGCUUUAAAGUAUUUACUUUCGAAGAAGGAUGCAAAACCAAGAUUAAUUCGCUGGGUACUAUUGCUCCAGGAAUUUGAUCUUGAAAUUCGAGACAAAAAAGGGUCUGAAAACGUGGUAGCUGACCAUCUUUCGCGGCUGGUCAGUGAGGCAGAGGUGAGUGAUGACGCAACACCCAUUAUGGAGACGUUCCCUGAUGAACAGUUAUAUGCUAUUCGAUCAUCUACAGCUCCUUGGUAUGCUGACUUUGUGAAUUAUUUAGCUAGUACUAUCAUUCCAGUUGAUUUAUCGUUUCAUCAGAAGAAGAAAUUUUUCUCCUUGGUUAAACAUUAUUAUUGGGACGAUCCGUAUUUGUGGAAACAUUGCCCUGACCAAGUUAUACGGAGAUGUGUUACUACUCCCUAUCAUCCACAAACUAGUGGACAAGUUGAAGUUUCCAAUAGAGAAUUGAAACGAAUCCUAGAAAAGACGGUGAGUGCUUCAAGAAAGGAUUGGUCACUGAAAUUGGAUGAUGCAUUAUGGGCUUAUCGAACAGCGUUCAAAACGCCUAUUGGCAUGUCUCCUUAUCGUCUAGUUUUUGGGAAAGCUUGUCACUUACCGGUUGAGCUAGAACAUAAGGCAUAUUGGGCACUCCAAACACUCAAUUUUGACAUGAUUGCAGCAGGAGAAAAACGGGCAAUUCAAUUGAAUGAGAUGGAUGAGCUUCGUAAUGAAGCUUAUGAGACUGCCAAGAUCUACAAGGAGCGUACGAAGAAAUGGCAUGAUAAGCAUAUUCUAAGGAAGGAUUUCUUUGCUGGUCAGAAAGUUCUCCUAUUUAAUUCCCGCCUCCGACUUUUUCCUGGGAAGCUUAAAUCACGUUGGUCUGGACCAUUUACAAUAUUGCAAGUGUUUCCUUCUGGAGUUAUUGAAGUUAGGCACGACGAAAAGGGUACUGUUUUCAAAGUAAACGGCCAACGAGUGAAGCCAUACUUGGAAGUCAAUUUUGAUCAACAACGGACUUCCAUUCCUCUGCAUGAUCCAGAGUGA